ACUCAGUAUCUCUGGGUUUGGCUGGCAGAGGAGCUCAACACUCCUUCACAGACACACACACAGGCUGAUGCUCCAUCCGUUUCAUCAAUGUGCAUGGUCAUAUUUGCUCCGCUUUUUGCUGUUUUAGCAUUUGCAACAUGUGGCGGAUAUUCUGGCCAGAUAAUGGUUAAAGUAGAAUGUUUGGACAAAACCCAAAACAACAUCAGCAUUAGUUUCAACUACCCCUUCAGAUUGCAACAGGUUCACUUCACUGCUCCUCUGUGUGAAAAAACCAGGAAAGAGACUCUUUUUCUGGAAGGCGAUUAUGCUUCGUCCGCGCAGUUCUUUGUCUCUGUGUCAGUCCUGGCUUUUCUCUAUUCCCUUUUGGCCACUAUUGUUUACUUCUUCUACCAGAACAAAUACAGAGAGAAGAACAGAGGUCCAGUAGUUGAUUUCUUGGUGACUUUAGCUUUCUCUAGCAUGUGGCUAGUGAGCUCAAUUGCCUGGGCUAAAACUCUGUCUGGGGUAAAAACGGCCACUGAUGUGCACCAAAUCAUGCUGUUAAUGUCUGCAUGCAGAGCCCAGGAGAACACAUGUGAGGUCCUGCAGGAACCCAUCUGGACCAAUCUCAACAUGUCUGCUGCCUUUGGUUUUUUGAACUUCUUACUUUGGGCUGGUAAUAUCUGGUUUGCCUAUAAAGAGACGGGUCUGCAUAAGUCUUUCCAGCGGUAUCCCUCCAGAACGCCCUCUGAGAAGCGCGGUAGCUUCAGGCAGUUCAGUCAGACCAGCUUUGAUCAGUCCGGAGCCGGUUUUGGUCAGAGGCUCUACAACCAGGGAAGUUUUGACUUGUCCAGCGGAGGCUUCAGUCUCCCACAAACCAGUCUGGGACAGCCGAUGCUGUACCGACAGAUGGGGAGUCCCACAUCCAGAGGCCCUCUCAUAUUUGUUAAUGAGAUGUGAGACAGAAAUACUCAGUAGUAACACAGGUAAUUUGUCAUUGUGCAUUUAUAUUUCUAUCAUGUCAUAUACUGUAUUGUGACAAAGAUAUGUCUUUACCGUAGCUAUAAUUAAGUCCUGCUGAAUUAUAAACUGAUAUAUUGUAGUAUAUAACCUCUUUUUAUCUUUAAAUCUUUUUAUCUUUGCAUAUAAAGAAAUAAUUUACCAUUUCAGAUGUAAUAUUUUGUGAUAUUGCUCCAGUAUUUGUAUGGCGUUUAGCAUAGCAUACCUAUAUUCAAACAGUCUAUAUUUUGUGUUUAAAUAUAUCAAAACAUAUUUCAAUUUUUAAAUAUAGACUUUAAUUUGAAAUGGUGUUUUUGCAUUUUCCAAGGAACUUAUUGAUAAAUGUGGUAUACUAUAUGUACUAUUAUAUAUGUUACUAUUAUCUUUGUUUCUGUCACUGAAUAAAAAAAGUAACUGACGUUUAGCCAACAA